AUUGGCUGCGGGGCGGGCGCUCGGAGGCUAGGGGGAAGGAGAAGGGAUAAGGAGCGGGAGCUGAGAGGAGGGAGAGGCCGGUCCGGAUCUGGCUGCUGCCGCUGUUCGCCCGAGGUCUCCAGUCGGGCUGCGGCUCCUUCCUCGGCUCCUCGGCAUCGUCUGCGAGGCUCCGCCGGGCCAGCGUGUGACAGCCGCGGGCGGCGGCCGCCGCAUCAUGUCAGCCAAGGACGAGCGGGCCAAGGAGAUCCUGAGGGGCUUCAAACUAAAUUGGAUGAACCUUCGGGAUGCUGAGACAGGGAAGGUACUCUGGCAAGGAACAGAAGACCUGUCCAUCCCUGGAGUGGAGCAUGAAGCCCGUGUUCCCAAGAAAAUCCUCAAGUGCAAGGCAGUGUCUCGAGAGUUGAACUUCUCUUCAGCAGAACAAAUGGAAAAGUUCCGCCUGGAACAAAAAGUUUACUUCAAAGGGCAAUGCCUAGAAGAGUGGUUCUUCGAGUUUGGCUUUGUGAUCCCUAACUCCACAAAUACCUGGCAGUCCUUGAUAGAGGCAGCACCUGAGUCCCAGAUGAUGCCAGCGAGCGUCUUAACUGGGAACGUUAUCAUAGAAACAAAAUUUUUUGACGAUGAUCUUCUUGUGAGCACAUCCAGAGUGAGACUUUUCUACGUUUGAGAGAAGAGUGUGUGCAUUUCAAGAGUUUGGGUUUUUGUGGGGAGGAGGAAACUGUUUACUUUUUUCCUCCGCACAUUCGAUUUUUGACACUUCCAUCCCUAAUUCCCUCUAUGGCGAAAACCACCUGUGGCCCCCAGGGGACCAGCUCCAUGUAGGUAACCAGAUGGCUUUUUUCUCCCAAACAGCCGUCUUCCACUGACCAGACUAAACAUCCAGCCCCAGACCAGGUCAGGGAGUGGUGCCUCGACCCCUGGCUUGUGCAAACACGGGGGAGCAAACACAUCCCACGAACCAAUCCUGUCCUGCCCCUGCCUCCCCCUUGGGCCCUGCAGGCUGGCUACACACCUUCCUUUAUCCCUGGUUUUGGAAAAAUUCAUGUCCCUGACCCAUGUUUAGUUUUUUCCCCACCAUUUCUGUUUCAUACAUUCUCUACAUUUGACUUGUAAAAUAGACUGUGAUAUUAUUAUUACAUAAUGUAAUUAAAACAUAUGAAUUAAAAUAUUCCUAGUCUUUAGCAUGGCAGUGCUUUCAUCUCUCCUUUUCUGGAACAAGAACCUGGACCCAUGACAGGAAGAGAGAAAUUUAUCUGACCCUACGAUCACAACUAUAUUUUACUCCAGAGAUCAACUGGUAGAUCUUCUGGUUCCUGAGUACCUCAGCUGCUGCUUUCCAAAAAUGCACAACGCACCUGAAUAAGACCUGAGACCUUAACAUUUGUCUCUGAGACAUGAUAUUUAAUGGUUCUCUUCCACAGCAUACAUACCUCCUUUGCUUGUUGUUGUUUUUAACAUUUUCCAUUCCUUUACAACGUUUGUUUAUUCAAGAGAAUUCCAGGAAGGGUAGAAGUUCUAAGUUGGUAGAGUAGGGGCUCCUCUCUUCCUAAGUGGGAGAAUUGAAGUUACAAAAUGAAAAGGCAGUCUCCACCUACUUAACUGGAGAGCAAUGGGAGAGAAUCUGGAGUGGGGGUGGAGUAUUGGCGGGUCUUGGAAACCAGGGUCUAAAGACAGUGUUCAGAGGAUGUCAGCAUGGGAGAGAAGUGAAAAUAUAUGCAGUGCUUUCAAGUCUGACAUGGAGAGAAAACUACAGAGUUCUCUUUUAGGAACUUACCUCUGAGCUGCCAGUAGCCUUCACUCUCCUUUAUAAAAUACCAACAGUGAAUGGUUUUCUAGUUACUCAAGUAGUGAGGUCUGAGGCUAGAGGGCAGGAGAGUCAACUGACCCUCUUUGGUGUGGCCCCGGCUCCCAGGUUCCUGUUCUCCUCUCUGUCCAUUACCUCAGGGACUGUUUGAAUCUGUGGCGGGGAGGAGAAGCUGUGCAUCCUUUGUGUACUGUCACCAUCUAUCAGUGAGCCCGUCCUCACGUUAGAUCUGUUGCUUUUAAAAGCUGUCUAGUUUUUGAAUACCAAAGCCUGGAUUAAAAAAAAACAUACGGAAAA